CAGUCUACAGAAAAUAGUGCAGACUACUAGACAGUAGACACUAGAGGACAGAGAAAUGGGCCUGCUGAAUCUGAGCUCCAUUUUUUGCUGAUAAUUUGUCCGUUAGACACUCCAUUUACAUUCAUGGAAGCAAAGGGCAUUCUUCUUCUUUGACUGAAGAGAGAUAAAAUAUUCAUUCAAAUGGAAGAUUGAUUACUUUACAGUAUUUCAUCUUUGCAACUUCUCUUCAAAUGGAGUACGAAAGGAUUGAAAGACCUCAGAAAGGAGGAGGGUUGUCACCGGCGAAGCUGAGGAGUAUGCUAAUGGGAGUAGAGAAGAAGAGGAGGGAACUUCCGGGGGAGGUGAAUUCAUCUUGUUCUUUAAGAUCUCAGCAUUCUGGUGUAAACGAUCCAGGUACUGAUUAUUCUGAAAGCUACAAGGAUGUGGAUGUUGUGCGUGAAUUUGUUGAAUGCUCAACUUCCACAACUGGGGAUUCAGAAAUGAUAACAGAUCGUAAGUCAAAAGAUCAAACUUUUGUCAGUUCAAGGCUCGGGUUAAGUGAAGAUUUUGAGGUAGAUUAUGAAAAUGGGCAUGCCAACUUGGGUGUGGUAUCAUCACCGUUUGAGUUUCAGAAGUCAGAGCGAGGACAACCAAGAGUGCCAGCUGCGCCAUUCUCCAAGCCAGCACCAUCUAAAUGGGAUGAUGCACAGAAGUGGAUAGCGAGCCCUCCUUCAAACAGACCAAGGACUGGGCCGUCACAUGGUGUGCAAGGGGCAAGGAAAACUAACAUUUUUGGCCAUGGAGGUAGGAAACCUGCAACAAAAGUAGUUCUUGAAGUUCCAGAUGAAAAAUUAGUUGCGUUUGAAGAGCCUGAUAUGAAGAGGAUGGAUUCAAGUCUGGCAAAGAAAGCAAAUGCCACACAAAAAUUGGUGAGCUGGGAGUCAGAUCCAUACCCACAUGCUGAUUUACAGGGCAAAGCAGGGAAUAUGACUGAAAAUUCUGGUGGCCAUCCUGAAAUUCAUCUCAGUCAACAUGAUUCAUCUAUAUCAAUCCAAACAUCGACAACCUUGAUUCCACCUACGUCAUUUGCAAGAUCUGUUUCCAUGAGGGAUAUGGGGACAGAGAUGACUCCUCUAGCAAGCCAGGAACCUUCGAGAACUGGAACUCCUGUCAAGGUGAAAUCACCGAUGCACAGUCCUACUUCUUCAAGGUCAUCAACGCCUAAAAGAGCUAAUCUUUCAGCAGCACACACAAACAUGAUAAAUGACAGUUUAAACUUGCACAGAAAGGAGCUUCUUUCUGAGAAGGAGAUGCAGAUGAAAACGAGGAAAGAAAUAAUGGAACUGGGUAUGCAGCUUGGUAAAAUGAAUAUAGCUGCAUGGGCUGGUAAAGAUGAUGAAGAAACAUCAUCUUCAGUUAACGCAAUGGCUGGAGAGCAAGUGUCUAAGAGUGUUAUUGAGGCAAGGGCGGAAGCUUGGGAGGAAGCUGAGAAAGAGAAGUACACGGCAAGGUUUGAACGUGAAGAAAUGAAGAUCCAAGCAUGGGAAAAUCAUCAAAAAGCCAAAACAGAGGCUGAGAUGAGAAAAAAUGAGGUUGAGGUUGAAAGAAUAAAAGCCAAAGCACAGGAUAAGUUCAUGAACAAGCUUGCUGCUGCGAGGCACAAGGCUGAAGAAAAGCGAGCAGCGGCUGAAGUGAAGAUGAAUAAGCAAGCAGCAAAGACUGAGCAGCAGGCUGAGUAUAUCAGAAAGACUGGCAGAAUACCAUCCAAAUUUUCGUUCUUUAGUUGCUGUUGUUAAUGUUCUGUGCUUGCCAUCCUCUUCUACUCUACUCGAUCAUUUUUGUAUUUAUCUCUAUUUUGAUUGGGGUUUUCUACUUCUCUACUUGAAGGAAAUUAGGUGGAGCCUUUCUCAGCAGCUAAAGUUGUAAUCAGUUUUCACUAUUACAUAGGAACAUGAUUUCUAACUUUCAGGCAAAUUUGGCCUGUUCUUCACAAAUUUUAUGCCUAUUAUGACAAA